AUGAAAACUGACGCCGUCAAACUUGCGGAAAAUGUGAAGGAUCGUGUUUCUGAUACUGUGAAGGAAACAUUUAAUCAAUUCAUCGAUGAGCCCCGACGGCGAGCCGAAGCAGAGUCUAUGGUUAAGGAAGCUCCUCAAUUCGCCCAAUGGGAUCAGCAAGUGCCGUCGGGAGGUGGCCCAUUCGGCCAAAUGUCGGAGUCGUGGCACCAGUCUGCUCGGCCGCGAGUUACAUUGCCGCAGCAUAGAAAAAUCAGCCGAGAGGACGAGCAAGCGCUCUUGCAGUGGGAGCUGGAACGCCAGAGGUUGGAAGCAGAGCGGCUUGCGAAGUUGCAAGAUCACGAGGUUGGAGGCGACGAAUCGGAGCUCACUGGUUUUCUUCCAGCUUCCCACAUCUCUUUCAACAGUCAGUCCACCGGGGAUGGUGUUCUAAACGGAAGGCGGCCAGCGAAUCAAGCUAGAAGUGACCUCGAAAGAAAGCUGCUGACUGAAAUCGAACAAUUAGCUGAGGCUCCACCAACGGUAAAACGAGAGAGAUUUACUCAUACAAAGCUUACCUUACUUGUGCAAAGCGUACAAGGGAGCCAGGUUUUUCAGCAAUUUUUUUCAAUCGGUAUUGUUAUCAUGUGA